AUGGUAAAGGUUCCAAAAUCUUUCAAACCUACUUUGGAUUUUCGACGUUCUGUUUCGAAGGACAAAAUAUCAACACCAACACCUAUAGAGCCGAAAGCUCCUCCUCCUCCUUCUAUUUUACCUCCAAAAAAAGUAAUCAAAGCAUUAUAUGAUUAUACAGCCAACGGGGCAAGUGAAUUAUCCUUCUCUAAAGGUGAUUUCUUUCAUGUAGUCGGUAACGAAAAUGAUGAAAAUUGGUAUGAAGCUUGUAAUCCUGCUACUAGUGUACGAGGAUUAGUUCCUGUUUCAUAUUUUCAAGUUUUGGAAAAAAGUAGUCGAUUGAGCGCUGAUGGAAAAGCUGAUUCUGGUAAUACUUCAGAUGCACAAAAACCUCAACCUUUAUAUGGUAUUGUUCUUUACGAUUUUAUUGCAGAACGACCUGAUGAAUUAGACGCUAAAGCAGGUGAACCAAUAAUC